AUGAAAAAGCUUCCAACUCCACCUACCGUCAACUUAAGUGGAGAGGCUGUUCCAUACUCAACCUCACACACCCUCCUCGGACUGCGGCUAGAUGGCCCUCGCCUCUCCUGGGUAAAUCACAUCAGUUACCUCCGCACCUCCUGCAACAAACGCCUCGAUGUGAUGAAGCGAAUAGCUGGCAUCCGCUGGGGAGCCAGUCUUGUUUCUCUACAAGCAGAGAGUGGUAUUCCUCCACUGUCCACUCACAGACGGAUGACCUUGUGCCAACAAUACUACAGGAUACUGGGCCUGCCUGCCUCCCACCCCCUCUCUACCCUCCACUCCAACUCAGGGGUCGAUCAGCAAGCUCCUGUAUGGCUCCCCGCUGCCCGUCAGCCACUAAUAGUGCGUGCCCUGCUCAGCCUAACCAUCCUCCACUUACCACCACCACCUCCACAGCCUGUCAAUCCCUACUCACCUUUUCCUUCAUGGCUGGACGUCACCCAUAAUUUUGCUCUCCACGUUCCUGGGCUUCCUCCCAAACCAUCUGUGAGUGGAUUAGCAGCAGCUCACUUCCAACAGCUGGACCGGUCCAUUUAUCACCACCACCUCAAGAUCUACACCGAUGGCUCCAGAGAUGCUUCCCUGCCCUCCUCGGCAGCAGCUAUAUAUGACGCCAAUACAGCUAUCUGUAAGACAUGGAGGCUUCCUGAGUACACAGAUGUCCUUACCACGGAGCUCUUUGCCCUUCUCCAGGCCCUCAUCUACCUCCGCACCUCUCACCCGAAGUCCAUCGUGGUAAUUUACACCGACUCCCGCUCAUCUCUCUCUCUCCUCCUGUCCCGGCAGCCAUCCUCCGCCACAACCCUCGUCCACUCCAUCCAGAACAUCUUCCUCCAUCUCCUGAACACUGGGUGGGAUAUCACCUUCCAGUGGGUGCCUUCCCACAGCGGCAUCCGGGGGAUGCUGCUGCCAAGAUGGCCUUAACCCAUGUAAACAUUACCCCCCUACCCCUCCAGCUUCAUUCUGCCAAACGGCUCUUAUCUCGCCUCUGCCUCUCAUCCUGGGACUCUUCACUCAACAACGCACUCCGAGUCACCUCUAUGGGCCUUUACCGUAGCGACUCCUCUCCACAGCCUUGGGUCAGGAAACAGUCCCGCAUCCUAGAUGUAGCACUCACCCGCCUCAGUCUGGGCCACACAAGACUCACAGCACACCUGCAUCGCCUUGGUCUAUCACCGGACCCCUACUGCCCCUGGUGCAGGACGGUCGAGGAAACCAUCGAACACUUCCUCUUACACUGCCCCCGCUUCCACUCCCACCGUGUUGUGCUUCGUGAUCACCUUGCUGCCUUGGGUGUGUCUACCUUUGACCUGCCCACCCUACUGGCGGCGGCAGGCGUCUACUGCUCACACCAAGCUGCAGUUAUCCGCCUCACCUGCGUCUUCCUGAAGAAGUGUGGAGAACUACCCCGCCUGUGAUCACCUCACAGGCCGCCAUCAGGGCUCAUAGGAUCUGUGGGAUCGUUGAAGCCCAAAAACAACAACAACAAAAGACUGUAAUGUGGCAAUGUGGCUUGGUGAGGAAGAGGAACCUAAUUAAACUAACCUAAUCCAUCCUAGUAAUCUAUGGUUGGCUGGACAGAAAAACUGUCUUGCAGGAGAAGUUCAGCCAUCAAGUAACUGCAGAGAGAAAAAGAAAGGCAUGGGAAGAAAUAACUUGUGCUGUCAAUGCAGUUUCUCCUGUAGCAAGAGAGAGGAAGUGAAGAA